GAUCCAAAGUGGUCUUGUCGGAUAAGAUACCAUCGCCAUGUUUCGAAAUACACCGCCGUGGAUAGUGCGCAACCCAGGUGCGGAUAUCGUCUACGAGUUCAAUGGCCCCAAAGGCCUGCCAGGAACCCGCAGGUUCCAUCACUGGCCUCGUUUUGGAGUGGAGGAAGAUGUCAUCGACAUGCCAUUGCAUGAUUGGGGUCACAUAGGGCCGCCGAGAAGAGACGCCAUGCACUACAAGAGGCGUGGCUUAUCGCCGGAGGAGAGAGUCAAGCGCGUCAUCUUGUGUUUCAUACUUGCUGUCGUCGUGGUGGUGCUAUUGGUUGGAGGGGUGUUAUUUCCGGUCAUUUUCUUGAGUUCUCAGCCGACUGCACGUGAAAGAGCAGCAAUGACGCCCGAAAUCGAGUUUGUCGGCGGGAUCGUGACCUUUGACCUCGACUACAAUCCCGCUUACAAUGACCCAACUUCGGUGGAGUACCAGGACUUGGUUCAAAAUUUCAUCGCGGAGAUGGAUAACCUUCUCAGGAAUGAUGCGGCUUAUCAGGAAACCGUCGUACACGAAGUAACGGAGGGCAGUGUCGGGAUCCGUUUUGAAUGUAUAUACACGCAAGGAACGAACGCCGACAUACCCUUCAAAGAGACCUUCCGAGAAAAGCUGGAGGAACAGGCGCAGACCGGCAACCUCGGCCAAUUUGUGUUUGUGCCGGCCACGCUCGUCAUCUUUGAUGUGUGUAAUCUGUACUGUUUCAACGGAGGAACGGUGAACAGAGCGAUCGACGUGUGUGCUUGCACCUGUCCCGUCGGCUUCCUACCACCAUCAUGCCAAGCCCCAACCACCAUUGCGAUACCGACACAGUCCGUCACUACCACAGGUAUGGCGUUGACAAGUGCAAUGUCUGCGGGAAUUAUUACCACAACCAGUUCGGUGAAUCCCACGGUAGCUGCUCUGCCAGGUACCACCUCAAAGCAAAUGACGUCCGUGUUGCCAGUAACCACGGUAACACCGACGACCGAGUUGCCAACAACCACAGUGACACCGACGACCGAGUUACCAACAACCACGGUAAAACCCACGACCGAGUUGCCGACAACCACGCCGGUAAAACCCACGACCGAGUUGCCGACAACCACGGUAAAACCCACGACUGAGGUGCCAACUACUACGGAAUCAUCGACAACCACGGAAAUUCCAACGACUACGGAAUCACAGACAACUACGGAAUUUCCCACGACGACUGAGUUGUCAACAACGACGGAAAUUCCAACGACUACGGAAUUACCGACAACAACGGAAAUUCCCACGACGACUGAGCUGUCAACAACCACGGAAAUUCUGACUACGGAAUUACCGACAACGGAAAUUCCCACGACGACUGAGUUGUCAACAACGACGGAAAUUCCAACGACUACGGAAUCACCUGCUCCGGCUCCACCUCUGCCUCCGCCUCCGCCUGCCUCUUAAGGAAAACAUCAUGACCCGCCGGAUUAAAGCGCCAAAUUUGGUACACUUUACUGUAAGGUCCCAAGAAGUCAUUCUAGAGGGGGGUGCCCGAUUUUGGCGGCUUGGGUCAAGGUCAGACCAAGGUCAAAGCUAGGUCACAUGGUGUAUAAUACGGUAUGUAGUUGUAGUAAAUUUCGACAAAAGUCUGAAAUUUUUAAUUCUGAAUAGCAUAAAAGGAUGCCUGACAAUUAUAAGACCUCACAUUUUAGAAAAAGUUCCAUCAAAAACCUUUGCCUAACAAAAUAGGGGAGCUUAUUCCAUUUCCAAAAAUGAUGACUCAGCACUUUUUAGAAAGUUUGCUUUCUUUUAUGUUAAAGUUAUAGAAAAGGGAACUUUGUUCUUUUUUCGCAUCACUACUCCGGCACAUGGAUGCUAGCAAGCAUAAUUAUA